UGCACUAUGCAUCCUUGGUUUCCGUUGAGCUAGAGAAGAAUAAUAACAGCAUAAAUAUAAGAUAUAUGCAGUUAUAAAGCCGUAGUAGUGGAAUACGUGCACAACUGCACAGACUGUAUUGUUUGUGAUAUGAACAGACAGGAGGCGAGCCUUGAUUAGAAAAAAAAGUUUGCUUCUGACACUUGACUUACUCAGCGUACGGGACAUGGGCUACGGAAAGAUAACUGAUAGUUUGAAAUCGAGUGAGUUUGUAAAGGAAGAGCUUUAAAGCUGAAUCUUUAGUAUUUCAGCGGUACAAUAUUUGUUAGAAGAUUCCUCGCUAUACAGAAUGCAUAAUGAGUCAACAACUACUGAGGGGACAUGCUUUGGUAAUUGCACUGUCGAAUCUGAUGCAGGAAGGGUUGUGUAUCAGUCAUUCAUCGAGAGGCAGAUUCUUGCUGCCAUUUUUAUCACCAUCGCCAUCUUGGGCACCGUUGGUAACAGUUUCGUCAUCCUUGCUGUCGCUUGGACCAAGAAGCUUCGGACAAUAACUAAUGUCUUUGUGGUCAAUUUGGCUGUUGCUGAUGUCUUGACCUGCGUUUUUAUGCCGUGGCAGGUUGUGGCGAUCCUGGGAGGGAAUGCGUGGCCCAUCCCGGGGGCGCCGUGGGUGUGUGCCAUGGCGGGCUUCGUCGUCGUUGUCACCUUCGGAUGCAGCAUCAACAGCCUGGCUCUGAUCGCCGUCAACCGUUGGGUGGGCAUCACCAAGUCUCGCGUCACCACCCGUCGCAUCUACACCGCCCGUAAGCUCGCUCUGAUGGUCAUCUUCUCCUGGGCCAUACCACUCGGCUGCGCCCUAACGCCGGUCCUGACAGACUUUGGCGAACUGGGCUACGAGAAGCUGUACGCCACUUGCACCUGGGAUAUCUCGAACACAUAUUCUGCCUAUUACAACAUUCUACUCACAGUAGUCUGCUAUCCAAUUCAAACUACCGUGAUCAUUUUCAGUUACAUGUCAAUAUUCUGUUACGUCCGUAGAACAACUCACAGAAUGGUCGAAGUAGUCGUUUCAUCAGACUCGCAUGAAAUAGGCGAUGAAAGGAUGCGACGGAACUUAUGGAAGAGGCAACUAGGCGUUACAAAGAACUUACUGUACAUCAUAUUAGCGUUCAUGGUAUGUCUCACGCCAUACUUUGUGGCCAUCGUGGUGUAUACCGACUGGAGCUACCGCUUGACGCCCUGGGCGGGCGCCAUCUUGUUCUGCAACAGUUUCGUGAACCCCAUCAUUUACGCAACCUCGCACCCAGACUUCAAAAGGGUUUUCAGUCACGUGAUAAGGUAUCGGAGGAUUCCCAGAAGCGGUUCAUUUAAGCGGCCAAUAUCCCCAACAAACACGGGCUCUGAUGCAUGA